AUGUCGGCCGAUUCAGCUACAUUACAGGACCUCGACCUCGAGGACGAGCAGUAUGACUCAGCCGAUGACGAAGACUUCCAGGUAGACGCGGCCCAAGACGACGACGCCCUCACUGGUUCCGAUAGCGACGACGAGGCCAUCGAGCCCGCAACAAAAAAGCGCAAGGCGGGAAACAAAGCGCCGGAGCAGGAAGACCCCAGUCUCGACUCGGGCGACGAAGCGACGAUUCAAAAGGCCAAGGCAAAGAAGGCCAAGAAGCAGAAGGGAAAGGACGAAGAUGGGGACGAUGAGGAUGAUGUUGAUGUUGAUUUUGACGACGAGGAGGGUGGCCCUGGCGGCUUCGUUCGGACACGGGCUAUGAAGAUGCGAACCCAGGAAGAGCGGAAGCCUCUGGCGAGGAUCGAUGGAGCAACUGUCGACGUGGAUGCGCUGUGGGAGAAGAUGAAUGCUCCUGAUAUGGCUUUGGGACAGCAUUCUACGCAGGCUGAGAAAAAGAACGAUACUCCGGUCGAGGGGGACAAAGACACGGAGAUGCGUGAUGGUGAAACCCCCCUCAUUGAGGAAAAGCGGCAAGCAAGUCAAUACUCGGAGGAGAUGGUGAAGAUCAAGCGUACCUACAAAUUCGCAGGUGAAUGGAUUACGGAAGAAAAGAUCGUCCCCAAAGAUUCAGCGGAGGCCAAGCUUUAUAUGGCCAACGAAAACGACGUCGAAACAGUCACCGCCGCCGAGAACGCGACGGAUAUCAAAAACACCACCAAAAUUCGCAGGCCCCUUCGAAAGGUCUCUCGCUUCGACCCAAACCCAUCCGGAUUCAUCAAGAAAAGCUGGGAUAAGCAGUCUGUCCCACAAACAACAGGGGAAGAGAAUGCUCGUGGUCCCAAGAUCAACACUGUCGAGAAGUCGCGCUUGGACUGGGCCGCGUACGUCGAUCAAGCCGGCAUCAAGGACGAGCUCAGAACCCACAGCAAGGCCAAGGAAGGUUUCCUUGGUCGCAUGGAUUUCUUGGAUCGCGUUGGUGCCAAGGAAGAGGAAGAGAGAAGAAACAUACGUUUGAAGGGGUUGUAA